AUGAAAACCCCACCGGAGAGGACAAAACUGUUGUGGUGCGAAGAAAUCCUAAGCCACAUCAGGGCAGGGAAAGGCUCCAUUUGUAAAGAAAAAACUACUUGGACAGGCAGAUCCAAUCAGGAGGAAGAAUCGCCACAAAGAAGGAGAAGAAGUAAAAGAGAUUUCCUAUACUUCGAACGUAACUGUGUUAAGCAUAUUCAUAAGAAUUGCUUCCUCCUGCAGAAAUUGCUCCGUUAUAAAGCGCAUCCUGCGCGACGUAGAAGAGGUAAUGAAAAUUCCCCGUUAACCAAAAUUGGACUGGUCACAAAUGGAAGAAGCUGCGAUGCUGUAUGUGGGAAGGAAGCGAGGCAUGUCGUGCACACAGAUACGUCCGAGAUGAUGUGCACAGCCUCGGGAAGAAGCACCACGCGUACUACUGCCCUGAAGCACGGCAUGGUGAGAAGACCAUCCAGGGGCGUCCCCACGAGAGGACAUAAACACACAGCCGAUUUGGUGUUAACCGAGACCAUCAUCCUAACCCUGUUCGAACCUUCCUUGUUAAAAAUUUCGUUAAAAUAUUUUAACCUCUUAACUGCGUCGAUAGUGAAUCAGAUAUUUCAGGAGGCGCUACACUUGGCUAGUUACAAUUAUGGUGAAGGUGGGGACCAGGAAGAAAGCGGAAAGAGCGUCUGCGUGGUUCCUGUGAAUGUGACUAGAACAGGGAUACAGACGACGACUGACCGAGGUGACACCAAAAGAAGGAAAAAAGGACAACACAAGGAGGAGAAGCGUAUCGGUCCGCUGAGCGCACAGGACAGUGACACCCCUCCCAUUCUGCACAUUUACAAUCUCAUCAAGAAGUAUAACAUAAAUGUCGAAGCUUAUUUUUGCAUGAUAUGCAUGAAUAGCAUACUGUUUAGCAAGGAUUCAUUUUUUAAAAGUGCGAUCGAUUAUUUUUUUAAGGAGGUGUUUCCUAAAUCGGCCCACUGUUACGGGUACUUCGAUGCGAUCGUAACGAGGUACUUGAAGGAGCAGGAUUCCCCACUGGUUGAGGGAGUAGCUUCCAGUCACGUGGGUGGCAGUCACGUGGAGGGCAUUCCCGGAAGGAGCCCCAUCAGAUGCCCAUCAUUUAGUGCUUCCAUCGCUCAUUACUGCGUCCAGAUGCUGCUCCUUUUUUGCCACCUGAGCUUGGAGAAGACGCUGGACAGAGCGUACCUGAAUCUGUUGCCGGCAAUUUUAAAGUGCAAACGGAGGAACCCUUUUUUUGAGGAUUUAAUUUAUCUGAUUUAUUUGCACUAUCAUGGAAUUGGGCGAACUGUCUUUGUAGAGGAAUUUAUGACCAGUCAGCUCGUUAGAAGAAUGGAUGUCACGCCUCGUGGGGGUAGUUCCCCCUUAUUGGACUGCUCUAUAGUGAAUACACCUAACCACGAAGUGAUUCACGACGCAUCGCGAGAUAUACGACGCGUCUUACUAAAGCAUCGAUACGGCUUGCAUAACUUGGACUACUUGCACGUGGAAAAGUUUCGAGUGCACAGAGAAGACAAUGCCUGUGUGAAAUUCUGCGUGGACAUCGAAUCAGUGGUGUAUCCAUCCUUUUGCAUCAAAGGGAUAGAAUUGAGGAGGGCCCCGAAAGAAGGAAAAACCAAGUUUGUCCUGACGAGCAGGCUGAAGAGCAUAAUCGAAAUGAUGGUCACCAACAUCUAUGAAAACAGACCAACCAUCCUGAUAGGAAGUCAAGGUUCGGGAAAAACGUCCCUAAUUAAUUACAUACAUGAGAAAAUAUUUGAAAAUGAAAAGGCGGAAAAACGAAAUGUCAUAAGUUUAUACCUAGACGACGUGGUAGAUUCUAAAUCCAUUUUAGGUAUCUGGGAAAGCAAUGAGAAGCGCUUCGAAUUUAAGUUUGGCAUCCUGGCCAGGGCUAUGAUGAGUGGAAACUGGAUUGUGUUCGAAAAUGUGAAUAACAUUUCUAGCAGUGUGGUAGAGAAGUUGUGCGAGCUGACUAGCAAGGGGCACAUUUAUUUGACCGAAAAGGGAGAGCACAUUUACCCCCACAAGGACUUCCGUCUGUUCGCGACCAUCACGGUGGGGGUCAGCAGCGAUGGCGAUGUUAGCCAUGGUAGCAGUGUUAGCGGCCUUGGAAGUGUCUUCGGCCAUGGCGGUGCGACGCGGCGCUCGAAGCGCCAACUGAGCGAGCUUGUCCGACUGAACCAGCGCCCAGGCCACCUGAGCAGCCUCUUCAACAAAUGGCACACAGUGCACAUCGGAAGCUACAGCGUGGAGGAAGUAGAAGAAAUUGUGCGGAAAAAAUUGAAGCACGCAGUGAACGAAAAUUACAGGGGAGUAAUUCUGCGGGGUUACUACAGCGUGAAGACCCUGCUGGAGAAGUACCCCCUGCUCAGAAGCAUCAACCUGCACGACAUGGUAAAAAUUAUCAAACGGGUUAAGAAAAGAAAAAUAUUUAUGCACGAAAAUGAGAAAACGAGGGCCAUCCUGUUCCAAACGUGCAAGUCGAUCCUCACGUCGCAUGUACCGAAUGGCAAUUUGAGGGCCCACUUCCAGAAAAGACUGCUCAGAAUAUUCGACCUACAGGAAAAAAGCGUGACCAAGUGGUUACAAUUGCACAGUGUUAAUGACUACAUGGAGCAAUUUAACGAAACGUUGCGAAAGGAAAAGGGAAGGAUUACCCUCCACUGUGAGAAAAUUACGAGCCACUCCUUCCUGCUGACGUCCGUGCACAAAUACAUUUUGUACGAAAUUAUCGAAGGGGUCCACAAUAAGGAGAGUAUACUCCUCAUAGGAGACACUGGAGUUGGAAAAACAGCCCUGGUGGAUUACGUUGCCAAAAUUUUUGGGAAAAAAUUACUCGUUUUUGUCUUCAGCGAACAGUCUGAAGCGUCCGAUCUUAUUGGAAAUUACUACCCAUUCAAUAUAAGCGUAAAGGCGAAUGAAUUAUUCGAAGAACUGAGAAGUCUGAAUUGCCAAAUUGGUAGGCACUUAUGUAUGAAGGAGGUAGAUAUGCUUUACCUCAAACUGAAAAUCGUCUUGAGUGAGAAGAAAUUUAUCACCUUUUUAAACACCUGCCACAAUUUUGCCAAAUUUGUGGUCCAGAAAUUUCAAAAUGACUCCACCAUUUUUGACAUGCGCGUGGUGAAGAAGUACAGAAUAUUUCAGCACGACUGUCAAGGUGUGAUCCAUUUUUGGAGAUCCGGUGGGGACAGAAGUUGGAAAAGAAGUCGGACACGUAACCGGGAUGGUAAUAACUCCCCAGCGUUGAAGCUCCGAUUUGAUAAGUUUUUUCAAAGGGGGGGAGAACAACAAAAUGGAGGCCUAACCCAGAAUAACUCAUGUAAAUCGCCCCCCCAGGAGGAGCAACACCAGGAAGAAGAGUCCAACUCAAACGCGAAUGAGUUGAUUUUCAAAUUUCACGACGGCAUCCUGAUUGACUGCAUCCGGAACGGUUACUGGCUCCUGCUGGACGAAAUAAAUCUCGCACAGACGGAAAUUUUGCAACGGUUGCAGGGGUUAGUUGAUUUGUCCAACAAACACUUCGAUGUGGUGGAGAAAGGAAAUGAGCAGGUAAAAAUUCAUCCCAACUUUCGUCUAUUCGCGUGUAUGAACCCUCCAGUCAUCCCGAAUUUGAAGAAGGGAAAGGGGAGCGUGGGGGGAGAAGCCAGGAAGAAGAGUAACAACGGGGGGGUACCGAACAGCGGAAAGGAUGGCUCCCUCCACCAGAGCGACCACAUCGACACGGACCAGGUGGACGAUGUGGAAGAAGUAGACGAAGAGGACCACCACAUCGACCUGUAUAACAGUUCUGUAUCAUCCGGGAAGAAGGAACUACCUUCCAUUUUACGGAACAAAUUUACAGAAAUAUUUGUAGACGAAAUAUUACAGUACGACGAUGUCGAAAUGGUGGUUAAGCACAUACUUAGGGAGGUCACUUCGGAUGGGGGGUUGAUAAAAAGCAUCACCAACUGCUACCUCGAAGUAAAGAAAGAAAGUUUGAAAAAUAUGAACGGUACACAAAAUAAGCCCAUUUCUUUUUCCACCCGAAAUUUAGUCAGGGCAGUACAGUAUGCAGUCAACGUACAUAAGAGAAAAUUCAAUCCGUUGCCGCUACACGCAGCUGUUAGAAAUGGAUUCGUGUGCAACUUCCUAAGCUCCGUCAGUGUGGAUAAUGAGAAAGUAAUGGAUCAUAUUUUUAAUAAGCACUUCAAAUGUGGCCAAGGAAAGAGUGCGCACCAGAGUGGAGGACCCCCAAAUGACAAAAGCAUGCAGAUUGAAAAGAAUGGUGUGAUAAAUUAUGCCAUGCUGGAGAACUACUAUCAGUAUAGAUAUUUCGACACGAGAAAGGGAAUCACCACGGAGAGAAAUGAUCUGUCCCGCUUUGUAAAAAAUUCGAGUGCUGCAAAAGGGGGAGAAGCGCAAACGGAGGGGCAGCAGCAAGGGCAGUCGCCGGUCGACCAUCCCCGGGGAGGGGAAACCCAAACGAGUGCUCAUGUGGACAAAUACGCAUGUGUAGAAAAUAGCUGGAUCCUUUGCGGAAGGGAAGAAAUAAAUCUUGUGAAUAUUCUGUCCAAUUUUAUAAUUACGAAAAAUGUGAAGGAAAACAUCAGAAAGCUGGCGCUGUGUUUGAGUGGCUCCAAAACCCCCAUUUUACUGGAGGGGAACACCUCUGUUGGAAAAACCUCCUUGGUGAAUUUCUUUGCAGACAUUACAGGGCACAAAUUUGUACGGAUAAAUAAUCACAUGAACACAGACAUAAAUGAGUACUAUGGGCAAUUUGUUAAUGACCCAAGUAGUGGAAAUUUAAUUUUUGAAGAGGGCGUUUUUGUCAAGGCAGUACGAAAUGGCUACUGGGUUGUUCUAGACGAACUAAACUUAGCACCGUCAGAAGUUUUAGAAUCACUGAACCGAAUUUUAGAUGACAACAAAGAGCUGUAUAUCCCUGAAUUGAAGCGGUACGUUAAGGCACACAAAGACUUCAUGCUUUUUGCAACUCAGAACCCAGCCAAUAAUAAUAACUACCUCGGAAGGAAAGAAUUGUCAAAAGCCUUUAGGAGCAGAUUCAUCGAAUUUUACAUCAACGAUUUUGAAGAAAGUGAGUUGGAAAUUAUCCUACACAGACGGUGUGCCAUAUCUCCAAGUAUUGCCAAAAGAAUGAUACGUGUUUUUGGCCAACUGAGGAGUGUCAAAUCGAACUAUAACUAUUUUAAUGAUAAUUUAAUGACACUGCGUGAUUUGAUAAAAUGGGGAAACCGAUGCCCAAGAAGCAAUGCGGAUGCGUGUUUACAGGGAUACUACGUCAUUGCGGAGAAGCUAAGAAAUGAGAAGGAUCAGCGGACGGUUAAGGCUAUUCUCAGUGAAAAUUUUCUGCCCAAGGGGGAGGAACUCAUCGUCAGGUAUGAGGACGAUCAAGAUGUGCUCCUUUUGAAAGAGGCUUUCUGGAGGAAGAUCUCACAUCUGAGUGGAUCUGCAGUUGUGGACGGGGGAGUGAUCAGUACAGGGGAGGAAGAACUCCUCCAGCCGCCACGGGGAAGGUCCCACAUUUUUUCACACGACGACGACGCGCGAGUGGAAUAUCUGAAGAAUAUGCACUUGGGCAAAAGCACAACCAGAAUUUUGUGCCUGCUGUUAAAAUGCUUCAAAUAUAAAGAAUCCGCCCUGCUGAUUGGAGAAACGGGGUGCGGAAAAACGACCUGUUGUGAGCUGCUAAGUUUCGUCAAAAAUCAGAAGCUUAACAUUCUAAACUGUAAUGAAAGCACAGACGUAUACGAUAUUAUAGGUAGCUUAAAAUUGGUGAGAAAUAGGAAAGACAAUUUCGAGAAGGUAAAGAAAAACUGCAUUGAAUUGUACAACGAAAUAUGGAGCCAUUAUGCGGACACUUUUGCAGCGAACUAUUUAAGCGGCAUAAUAUACGACCAAAUUAGGGAAGUAAAGAAGGAAGACUUCCUUAUAUUCACAUUAUACCUACAGAAGAGAUACCCCCUGAGCGAGUCCAUAAAAAACAAACUACUCAAACUGGAGAAGUCCAUAAAUAAUUUAAACUCCAUUUUCACCUGGUUCGAUGGCAUUCUCGUUUCUUCUUUAAAAAAAGGAAAUAUUUUCCUGAUGGAUGAAAUUUCGCUAGUCGAAUCGGCAGUCAUAGAAAGGCUAAACUCUGUGUUGGAAUACGAAAGGACUCUAUUAUUAACAGAAAAAGGGGGGAAGGAUAUCCAAAAUGUAAAGGCGCACGAUGAGUUCUGCUUCAUAGGAACGAUGAAUCCAAGUGGUGAUUUUGGAAAAAAGGAAAUCUCACAAACAUUGAAAAAUAGGUUCACAGAAAUUUUUGUGCCACCCCUUGCUUACGACUCUGAGGAUUACUACUUUUUAAUUCUCAAGCAGAUGAAGUUUACCAAAGUGAAGAGUCUCAAAUGUGCCACGGCUGACUGCCUGCGCCGCCUCUUUCAUCAAAUCGGACAGAAUAAAUUCCUUACAAAUGAUGUCAUCCUUUCGGUAAGGGACACUAUUAAGUGGAUUUCCUUCAUGAAUGUGUAUGUGAGUAGACGGAAGGAGAUAUCCCUGCGGAGGGGGAUCAACCCAACGAAGAGGACCCUCAGACGGUAUAUUGUGAGAAGUUUCUUCCACAGCGGUUUUCUCAUACUGAUAGACGGAAAAGAGGACACCAAGAUGAAAGCGAUUUUGAAAGAACUACUGCGGAGGAGCUUGCUAGACUGGGCUUCUUCCUCCCUUAAUUGUAACCUGGCCAAGAAGGGGGCACAGAAAAGUAGGGAACUUGCCCUGGUGGAAGCCCUUUUCGACCAAAAAUACCAUUUUACGUUUAAAAGAAAGUACCUCCAGGUGAACGACUUUCGAAUCAAAUUUAGGAGAAAACUUACCACCCCAUUUGCUGAGUUCGCACAAAAUUGCCAAUUCGUAUUUGACACGCCAAACAUUAAAAAGAAUCUAUUCAAAAUUGUCAGAGCAAUGCAGCUGGAGAGUUCUAUCCUAUUGGAGGGAUCUCCUGGGGUCGGGAAAACGUGCAUAAUUAAUAUCUUGGCCAAAUUGACAAAUAAUAAGUUGAUCCGGAUUAAUCUAUCCGAGUGCACCGACAUUUAUGACUUGAUAGGGUCCUACUUCCCCAUUAAGGAUGAAAAGGGAAGAGGUUCCAGAGGUCCGACCGAAAUGAAAGGAAGCAACCGCGUUCUGCAUAGAGGAGGAAAGGAAGAAGGGGAAGAGCAAGGGGAAAAACAAACGGGAGAGCAAACAGCAGACCAACCAUCUGGUGGAGGCGAAACCGCAGAACGCGACAAGUCCCCAUUUCACUACUUUUGGAAAGACGGAAAACUGAUUGAGUGCAUGAAGAAGGGCUAUUGGAUCCUUAUUGAUGAAAUAAAUUUAGCUAACCAGCAAACCUUGGAGGGGAUCAACUCCAUUUUGGAUCACAGGAAAGAAAUAUUCAUCCCAGAAACGAACGAUACGGUUAGGAGCCAUCCGAAUUUUCGACUGUUCUGUUGUCAAAAUCCGUACAGCGAAGGAGGGGGAAGGAAGGGCCUCCCAAAAUCCUUCCUGAACAGAUUUUCCAAAAUAUAUUUUGAAGAACUGAACGAGGAAGAUUACCUCUGCAUUGUACAGAGGCUCUAUGGCAGCUGCAUCCCCAAGGAGGACAUACAAAAGAUUAUCAGCUUGGCGUUCGUGAUGAAAAAAAUAAACCCCCUCCUUAGGGACAGCGAGUGCUGGGUGUGGAACCUGAGGGAUAUUUUGCGAAUUUGCAGAUUUUUUCAGGCCAACGGGGGGAGAAGCGGUGGAACUGGCGCCGUCUGCGACAGCGUCUGUGGGGGGGGAACCAGCUUUGUCCCUAUCUGCCAUCUCCUCGUGUGUAGCCGGCUCACGUGCGCCGAGGAUAGAGAAAUCGUGCGCUUCGUUAUAGCGAACGUGUACAGUGGCGGCAGCAGUAACCGUGAGACGUUUUUAAGAAGCCUCUCCGAAGCAACGUCCAGGGAGAGCCUGCUCGCAUUUGUGAGGAGCACCGAAGUGAACCACAUGCGCGCCUUUUACACAAAUUUGUAUUACCACGAGGCUAAUCUUUGCGCGGCAUAUGAAUGCAGAACUAAAUCAGGCCCAGGAAAAAUGAGAAAGAUACCACGUCAAGUACCGCCAUCCACCUUUCUCCUAUCCAAAGACGAAAAAAAUUACUACGCAUGUGAAGCGGUGAUAAGGUUAAGUAUGCCAAUUCUCUUAGUUGGAAAAAAUAAUUCCGGAAAAUCCACCUUCGUUAACCAAUUGGCGCACACAUUUGAGAAGAAGCUAUUCGAAUUUUCGCUGACAAAUGACAUGGACACCUUCGACCUAUUCGGUUGCUACGAACGCAACAGUCGGGACAAUGUAAUAAAGAAAGUGGAGAGAAAAAUGCACAAUUUGAAUAAUCUCCUUUUGAGAAACAUUUUGAAAAACAAAAAUUUGAAAAAAUUUUACCACUCGUAUUUUACCAAAGGGAAAUUCCAACGUAGAAUCAGACGAAUGAAAAUUAACGUCAUGGUGAGAUUAAAUUAUUUGGCAGAGGAAUUCAUUAAUGCGUUGAGAAAGGGUGAUGUCUCUGAUGAUGGUGCCCUCUCCGCUGAGAGGAACUACGUGCAUUUUGUGCAAACCGGUAUGAACACCACGACGAUAAUGCAGAAUAAGUGGAGGAGAAGAAUAAACCGAAUUGAAGAAGCCCUCCUAGACAUAACCAACCUUUUUGAAACGAUUAGGAACAAUCACAUUAACGAAAAUGUAUAUAUUUACAAUGAAGGGAAUUUUAUUAAAGCCAUGAGGAAGGGACAUUGGGUCCUUGUUAAGCAUGUGCACCUUUCGACCCCCUCCCUUUUGGACAGACUCAACAGUCUCUUUGAAGAGAACGGAUACAUACUUUUACACGAAUUCGGAAAGAAGAAAAAAAUCAGGCCCCACAGAAAUUUCCAGAUCUUUUUAACGUUAAAUUCGGAGGAGCAUUACAAGAUUAGUAAAGCGUUGCGAAACCGCUGUUUUGAGAUUCACUUUGGGGGGCCCUAUUCUGAGUAUGUCGGGAACGCCGUAAAUUUGUAUGACCAAUCGGGGGUCAGCGUUUUUGCCAGAGGUGAUCCAUCGACUUUCUUCCGCGGGACUGAUACGGAUCAAGAGAAUCAUGAGGAGGGGACACGAUCGACACGUGCCGCUGGCGGUGAAGCUGCCAUUUUUGAGAGGAACAAUGCGCACGAUGGGCAGAGUAGUACCAACCCUGACAGCAGCUUCGUCAUGUCUGUGGCGAACAUCUGCUUUAGCGAGGCGAAAGGCCUCGAGCUAGAGGUGAACGAUGCAGAGGUGAGGGCCGAAGAAGAGGAGUAUUUGAACCUCGUCAGGAAGGGAAACGUGCUCCACUACAUGAUGCAAGUCUUUUUGAAGAAGAUUCAAAAGGAGGUGCGGGCUGGAAUUCGGGACGUCGGCAUAAAGCCCGCGGUUGCUGCUCCAUUUGCAGACGGCCGUGGCGAAGAUGUGAAGGCUGAAAUGGUGACCCUCUUCUUUGACAAGGCAGAUCUGAAGAUGAACUGCACCAAGAUGAUGGAUUACGUAAACUACUGCUUCGAGCGCUUCCGAAGCGUGAAAGGAGUGAGACCCACGACAGACAUUAUACAUUUUUGUGUAGCCAUAUCGAUGACGGUGUAUUUGAUGGAGCACAUGCUCGGGGAAGAAGAGGUGACAGAGAAAAGGAAAAAAAUCGCUCGCAUGGAGCAGACAAAUUGGAAGCGAAAGGACAUGAAGUGGCACAGAAAUUUUAAAAUCCAUCUGAACGCAUUGCUAAAUCAUAAGUUCGAAAAUCACUUUUACCAUGUAGAUAAUUACAUCAUGUAUCUGUGUAGCCACUUUUUACGGGUCAGAAAGAAUCGAAGAGGUGGAGAAGAAGUUGUUUCUCCUUUUAAGAAGUGGGAGGAAAUGUUUUCAAAUUCAUUUGUAAAUUUUUACUGUCAAAUGUAUUCCAAGUUGAAUGAGAAGACGCAAUUAUUUUUUUUCCCUUUUUUUGAAUGUCUUCACAAAUGCGUACUGAGGACAGUACUUAACAUCAGAAGUGGGGUCCGUCAUUUUGUAAAAAGAGGGAAUCUUCAGGAGGGGCUUAUACGAAGAAUGAAUUGUUCGAACAGAUUCGCUCACAGGAUUAAGUCGAGGCAUUUUAUUUACUUUUAUUUUCAUUGCUUCAUUAAUUAUGUUAAUAGCUACUACAGAAGUUAUCGGAAGGAACGGAAGAGAGGCACCUUCGCCAACGACGCAGGAUCGUCUUCCCCAGUUUACAUAGCCAGAGAAAUUGCACUGGUUAACUCGAUGACUAAGCUCAAAUUGAAUAAACUGUUUUGCUACUCCGUGUAUUGCUUUUUGGAAAAUUUCUCCUACAAUGACCUCUUCUACAGAUAUGAGCAUCUUCUAAACAUUAAAAAUAGGAUGGUCCUUAGGGGGGAUUCAGACCAGGUACAUAUGGUGAAGUACCUCGAUUUUAUUACGAACAAAGUUAUAAGGGGGAAGAUCGACUACUUUGGUGUCAUGCGGGACUUUGUGUUUGGUUGGAUUGGCUCCAUUGGCGGAGGGUGUAGCGGAGACUCGCUGGCCGCUUCCAGGGAUGCACUUAAACCACUGCCCGCCGUGAGGAAACUGCUGCUGGCCGUGGUAGACCCAAAAUUGGCGAAGCGGCAGUACCUGUUUGAGGCGUUUCUCAAGUGGAACCUGAGCUACCAGUACUUUGAAAGUUACCGCCACUUUGGAAGCUCGCAAUACGUUGCAAAUUGCCAACUCCCUGGAGAAGAGGGGCCCGCCGCGAAAUCAACAACGAAGAAGAAGCGCCGCGUCUGGAUGCUAACGAACAAGUUCCUAAUGCAUGUAGAGGAGGUACUCUUCCAAAUGACUCAGCGUGGAAGGAGCUCCCAACAGGACGAAGACGCUUUCAGUUAUUACCUCUUUGUAUAUCUAUUCACUUUCGAUAAGCUAUGCAACUUCAAGAAUGAUGUUGUGUACGUUAAGAUUAUCUUCCUGGUUGACGCCGUGAAGUACGCAUUUAGGUGGGACAAGUAUUUCAAGCAGAAUUGCAGGUUGAUGAGAUUUUUACUAAAGGCAAAAAGGGCAGCUGUGCGGAGCGAAUUGCAUGCCCCCCCUGAUGCGGAGAUCCAAACAGGUAGCAACUUGGACGGAAUUGAAAACUCUCCGUUGUACGACCUAAACAGAGUGAAGGAAAAAAUGAGAUGGUGGAGAAAAUCUGCUAGCCAAGAACAGAUGAUUGUGCUGACUCCAUCAAUUGAGUACUUCUCCAACGGAUGGGUAAAAAACAUAUUCGAAAUUGUUAAUAAUAUAUUUAUAAGUCAUUUUGUGAAAUGGGUGAAUCUGGGCAGAUACUACUACGCCAUGGAGCAUCGCUCCGUCUGCGGUGUGGAAGAGGGUAGGAGAAUAAGUCCAUUGUUCAGCUUCCUUCCUGAUGGGGAAGAGGGAAGAAAUGUGGAUGAUGAUGUGGAAAAUCUUCUUAUACAAACCAAAUCCUUCUCAUACGCUUUAAAAGUUUUACAGAAUGAUCAUCCAAAGGUAAAACACAUGGAAAAAUUAAUUAUGGGCAGUUUGGCUACCAAAAAGGAAGUGAUACAUUUGGAUGUAUUUACGUCGACGGAGGGAGUACAGCCGAUGGGGGACUACCAAAAUGAAGAAGGGAUUGAGCAGGAUGGACCCAGGGACCUCCCACGAAAUGGAGAAAAGUCCGACGGAAAAGGAAGACAACUGUUCUUUCACUAUCAGUUUAUCAUUUUUAACAUAGCCUUGAAGUACUUACAAAACGCAUUUGUCUAUUUUCUAAACACGUACAUGUGGUUGAAGUGGGAGCAGCUGUAUUACCAAGCGGGGGGUGCACAGAACAAAACUGUGGAGGCGAACCCCCUAGGGGAAGCUUCCCACAGUAGGCCCAUAAGCAACACCGUAGAGCGCGUAAAAGGGGACAUAAAACGAAUGUACAAUUACCUGUGCGGAAUGGAAAAAACCAUAUUUCUGCAGGAAGAGAAAAUCGAGGUGCUGAGCUUGCUGAAGGAGAAGUAUGGGAGGCUGGAAUGGGCCCAGCAACAGGGACGGCAAAACGACGCCAAAGAUGCCCCAAGAAAUGCCCCUCAAAAUGGCGCGCCCAAGGGGCAAACCACCCCCUUCGAGCUCCAGGUGACGUUCUCCAUCAUGGAGGAAUUUCUCAACCUGCUUUACUGCUUCCUAAUGAAUGUGUAUCUGGUGAGGGACAAAAGUUACGACUAUGCAAAGGAAGAUGUUAAUCGCGUCCAAUUUGGCCAUAACGGGGAUGAGACGAAUUAUUCACGUGGCUUUUAUAGCGAACGGUGUGGAGCAUAUCGGGGGGAGUCCCAACAAAAUUGCACGAAUGUGCAUCACCCAGGUUUGUCCCACUCCUGGGAUAGUAAUAAAACGAUUGGGCCUGCCACGGAUGAUCAAAAGGGGACGCUUAUAAAGAGACAUCCUCACUGUGCUGCUGCUCUCCAUGAAACGAAACCAAACAACAUAACUUACGAAGGGUACACCCUAUUUAGAGACAUCUAUGUGAACAAAUGCUUCGACGAGACUAGCACAUUCGGGCUGUAUCCAUACGUGUCAUCAUCCUUGGUGAACAGAACGGUCAUAUUCGAUUCAGUUGUGAGCGUAUAUCAGGAGCUGAGAAGAAAGAAGGUUACCCUGUCUUAUUUAAAAAUGAGCAAUUUUAUCUUUCGGAGCUUGAAAAGGAGUUAUCACCACUAUGUGGAAAGGGCGGCACCUGACGCAAUGGUGCCGCCUAACGUGAUGGUGCCAACUGAUGCCUGCCCCGGAGAAGAAACCUUUUGGACUAUUAAAAGAUCAGUGAACAGCAGAGGGCAAAGCAGCACGCGCCACUAUUUCGCGUUCCACGCAAUGACCAUACUUUUUAAUAUCCUAAACGGUGAAGCGUUAAAAGGGGAAGAAUCCAAGAGGGACCGAUUGCUCCUGUACAUUCUUGAACUUUUCCGCUUUAUCAUAGAUGACAGAUGGAAAAAGGCAUCCCCCGAAAUGUUACUGCACUUGUUGGAGAUACACAAAUGUCUACGCAGCUUGAAAGAUAAAGUUCGUCAUCUUGAAAAAAUCCAAAAGUAUGUCUUUGCAAUGCUGUUUAUUCUGUUUCGAUUCAUUUUAAGAAAUUUGCAGAGCCACAAUAAUGCAGGAGCUGAAAGGGGAUCCUCACUAAGCGCUAGCGAGGUGAUACCCAAGUCACAUGAUUCUCCUUUCCGAGAUACCCUCCAGCAGAGACAUCCCUCAACGGGUGAUUGUUUGCCUGCAGAAUAUACCAUAGGGCACUCAGAAAAAUGCAUAAACGAACCAAUCUUAACAUGUGAACACAUUGAAGGGAUAAAUGGUGAACCAAGCGAAAACACCGAAGAGUUGUACAGCUCGAUGUAUGACCUCUUGGGGAAGACGAACAAGGAGGUGCGACAGAUGCUGUAUCUCCUCUUUCCGGAUCAUCUCAUCGCAGUCGAUUUGACGGAGAAGUACCAAGAGAAAGAGUUCCUUUUUUCCCUGGGCUGCCUCUACAUUUCGCACUAUUUCCUAAACGUUAUUUGCACCCAAGUGAGGAAAGAAAUUAAGAACAUUUUCAAACAUAUGGAGGUGAAAAGUUACCUGGACAAAUCAGUUGCAUCGUUGAGGGAAGAAAUCUAUAUAGGUGCCCAGCACAACAUGUACACGGAGAAAGUGAACCCAUUUGCGCAGGUGUCCUAUGGUGAUUUCAUCAAAAUGAGGAGGAAGAAACAGUUGAAAGGGCACAUAAAAAAUAUGAAUAUUAAUCUGCCGCUACUACCGAAUCUUUUACAGAAUAUAAAGAAAGGAAAGAGAAGAAAAUUGGAAACUUUUUUAUCCCGAUGUGAAAGGAACAAUAACCCAUGUUCCUACUUCAUCAAGGGGUACAUAAGUAAAAACAGCGCGAAGAACAUGCACACAUUGUACUUAGAAUUAAAAAAUGAGCACAAGGAAUUUAUAAAGAACUUGCUACCCCUGGAGAGUAUAGAAAAUAAUGUUCUGUUGGCUCUGAUCAAUUCGGACGAUUUGAUUAACCCUUCGCUUAUAAACACGUGCCUCAAUUUUGUACACCAUGUAAGGGAGAAGUACAGUUUGGUAUCAAAGUUUGCCCAGGCCAUUACGCAUUCGGUCAGUGUGCUCAUACACGCAGUGCACGGGGUGAAUUUCGCUAUACUGCGAAGUAAGCAAAGUGGAGAAAAUGGAAAAAUGGAGAGAAGGACAACACCCCCUCGAGGCAUCCUCCAACUUGACCGAAAAGGAAGCAAGAAGAAAGAUUUCUACAGGUGUAUUAAAUUCCCGCUCAAUUUUAACAAAAUUUUGAAUCUAAAAAAAAAUUGCUAUGAAAGCCAAAUUGAUGAUGUGGAGUACCUCCACUUCGUCACGAAGAUGUUAAAGAAACCGAAGAAUAUUUCCACACAGUUUGACGUCGCAUCCCUGCUCCCUCUGCUAAAACGGAUGUGCAGACAGAUUGUCAUUUUUAAUGAGAAAGACGAGAUGGACAACAUGAAUGAGUUUUUGAAAAUUGAUCAAUUUAAGAGUAGGACCGCCAAGGAGAUGCAGCAAAGUUUGGUUGACCGGGAUUUUAUAGAGAAGAACAUCGAGAAGGAGCUGGACAAUGUGUUUUACUCGCAGGAGUAUUUUUCGACCAAGGCUGGAGUCACAUCCGUUGAGUGGGGUACCACGGGUGUUGGAAGCGGGGAGGAGAGCUGCGAGGAGGGCAGUAAAGAGGAGGACAGAAAAGAGGAUGGCAUCGAAGAGCCUGAUCGGGAAUGUGGCCAACGCGAUACCAUAGAACGUGACGCGAAAGAAAUAGAAAUAGAAAAGCCAAACGAACCGCAUUUCAACAGAGUUAUUUACAAAAUGGCGAAGUUAUUCAAGGGGGGAAAGUACACCAACGGGAAAAGAACCCCCCGAAGUGAAAUUGAAAUAACGAAAAGGAGCAUACGGCACACACUGAAUAUGCUCAUAAGGCUGAAUUGCGGGGAGGACUUCAUUCGGAAGGAUCCAAACUCUGGGGCGAAAAAAAAACGCGUCACUUCCGCUCAAACAAGGGAAGAACAAAACGGAUUCACCUUCCUCUUGAGGAAGAAGAAUGAAGAGAAGAGGCUCCUCCUUUUUACACUUAACAUGUUGACCCAAUUUAGCGACUUGACAAAAUAUAAUAACAACAAAUUUGCAAUUUUUAAAAAAAAAAUAGCCGAGUGUUUGCAAAACUGUAGGAACAAAAAUCAAGUAUAUAUAAAUAACUAUGUGAACCUGCUGGACGAUAACUUCAUGGAGUAUAUUUUCAGCGCGCUGAACGACUUGUGCUAUUUGCUGAUCAAUUUGAAGAAAGAAUUUGUACCCAUUUACAACGAAAGCGGGAAUAUCAAUGUGCUGAGUAUACUCAAUGGCAUUAAUAACAUACUAAGUAUCUCCAUUCACAACAUAGAAAGUGAGAUAGAGAAGAUAAUUCAUAAACUGGAACACCUGGUUAGUCUCCUCCUCUCAAUCAAGAAUGACAAUUAUGUAACCUUUGAUGAGGUCACCAUGAGGAGAGUCAGACAGGUCAUGCGGAAUAGGGCGCCGGAGGAGCUGCUAAUCUAUACCGUUUACUUCAGGCUCUACAAAUUGAAGAGCGUAAAAACUAUUCGGAAAAACCUAAAUAGGAAAAUUGUGAAAAAGAGGACACUCAGUUUGUUGUCCUAUAUGUUCUACCUUUGCUACGACGAUACAGAGGGAGGUGAACACUUCAGCAGGGCCUCCAACAGGGUGAACAUCACCCAGGGAAGUUCCAUUGGCAGUGGAAGAACCCUUACCCAGGAUAAUCCAAAUAAUUGUAAUAAUCCCCCCCACUUGGAGAAUCUUGCCAAGGUCAAAAUUGUGAAGACAUUCGAAACGCUGGUCAUCUUCUUAAGGGAGUCCAUGGUGGGAGAAUUCCCUGCGCGACUAAACCUGAUAGAUUUUAUCGCCCAUCUGUUUAGGAACUCUGAAAGGAAGAGCGAAAGGAUGAUGAGCAAUGUGUUUUCAAAUGUGUAUAGGUACAUGCGAAUAUAUCUGCCACUUAUAAAAAAACGAAUCGAAGAUUCUAAGAGAUAUUUUGACGUCCAGCUGAAGAGCGCUUUAGAAAAAAUGAACUUGGACUUGGUCGAUCUGGAGGCGUACAAGUGGUCCAUCAUGAAGUUAAAAACGAAAAUUGCCUACUUCGCCAAGUUGUAUUUUCAGCAGAUCAGCGUUACCGUGGAUAAGCUCAUAUUUCAGAAUGGUCCCUCCUUUGGGUCGGAAGGGAAAGGGCGGAGUCGUCCAAGUGGUGCCAAUAGUGCGAAUGCGGCGAAUGGGGCGAGUUCCACUUUUGCGCAAAAAGGCGUGGACACGUUGGCAGACCCACGCGGAGACCAAGUGAGCCCCGAUGUGCACAGCUCAAGCGGCUGGUCUUCUCCUGAAGAGGAGCAGCAGAAUGGAGACGCUAUUGAUUCAUCCGAAGAGGAUGAAAGGGAAACAGUUUGUCAGAACAACGCUGUUAAUGAGGAGGAGAACGACACGACUACCCCUGCGGGGGAAAGGCAAAACCGGUUCCACGACCAACUGAACAAAUUGAAAGAAUCCCUAACCCGGCUGAGAAGAAAAGUAAAAACGAAAAAACCAUUGGACGAAUUUUUAACAAACAUGGAUCUUCACAACAGCUUUGAAGAUAUUUCCCAAAAUUACGUCGCCGAGGUAAGAAACGUAUUAAAUGUGCAAUGCAGAGAUGCUGGCAUAAAUCAGAAGAAGAGGUGGAUCUACAUACUGAAGCACUUCCUCACCAAGAAGUUAAACAUACCCGCGUUGAAUAACUUAGACAAUUUUAAUUUCUUCUCGAGCCUUUUUCAAAAUGACGUACAGUUUUGUGACAGUACUAGGGGUAGUUUAUUUCUCCUGGAAUAUCGCUGUCCUGAGGAAAUUUUGGCCGAGCUGAAAAAUUGCCUAACGUAUAUGAUCGAGCAGGAUGACACGUUAAACGAUGAGGAGGUGAAAAAUAAACAGAUGAAGCAAGCAACUGAGGAUGUGCUCCUCAUGGGAGAGCAACUAAAGAAAGACUUAAAGAGAAACAAACUAUACACUCUCCACUUUUUAGACGACAUAAAUGACAUUCUAAAUCGUAGUGAAGAAAAAAACGCAGAAAUUCUGCAUCUGACCAUCUAUAUAAAAUCUCUAAGUAUGCAUCAAGACAUGGCAAAUGAUGAGGUCCUGUACUACCUUUUCAAUUCCACCAUCUGUGAAUACUUUAACUUGAGAAAAGAAGUUAACAUUUUUUACCGUCAUUUUGUGUGCUACUACCUACUGGUGACAACCCUCCUGUGUGAGAAGAGAUAUGGACUGGAUUAUAUUCUUGUCGACUUUUCCAUUUUUGAGAAGUUUUUGGAAAGAUGUAACCUCGUCAAGGGUGCACUAUUGCAGGUUGUCAGCAGCGGUCUCGGUGCAACAGGGUCUAAGGUGGACCGAGAGCGAGCUAGCAAUUUCUUCAGAAGCGCACUCAAGUGUGUUUAUCAAAUGGCGUACAUCACGCACAGCUCAAACGAGUUCAGAAUGUUUAACUACUUUAGAAAUGGGUACACUUCCAACCGGGGGAGCAGGUUAGAAGAAUUGGAUUUCGCCCAUCCCUCCAUGAAACUCCGAAUGAACGUCCAUUUUUUGGAGUGCCUCAACACGUGCGUAAAAUUUUUGAGAGACAACUUGAGUGAAAUGUUUGCCCUGAAUGUGGCUCCCUAUUUUAAGGAGAAGAUUCACACGCAGGACCCGAAGCAGUAUUGGGAUAACCACCCCACACAGGAAGAUGAAGUACAAAAACUGAACGAUCAAAUGUGCCGCUUCAUAAGCAACGUUGUGCAGAAAAAAUCUAUCAUAUAUAUUCGGGGGGACUACCCAGAUUUCCAGAAUCCAAAAAAUGUGAAUCAAAUGUACUGCAUGAAGGAGAUGAUCCAAAUGUACUUAACACUUCAGACUAAUUAUGAUGUGCUUAGGGGAAGCGAAAAAGAGAGCAAGUCAAUCAAAGUAUUUCACUAUCUCAACAAGAAUCUGUUUUACUUUACCAAGUGUGUCCUUGUGUACAUGCUCGAUAUAUUUCUGGGCUUCUCAAACGUGUCUCUUUACUUCCUAAAAGUCCUGAAAAUUUUGUACACCAAGGGGCUCUGCAGGGAGGUGUCAAACGGGAAGGACGCGGUGAAAGAGGCAAAGGAGAAAGAGGAGGUUUUCCACAAAGUGGACUUCUUACAAGGAAUAGGGUUAGGAGAAGGGAAAGGAAUUAAAAAUAUUUCUAACCAAGUCGAUAAUGAAGAUUUAGAUAACAUUUACAAUGAGGACGAAAAAAAUUUCAGUCAAGAUGAGGACAACUUUGAUGAAGAAGCGAUUGAGGCUACUUACAAUUUUGAAAAAUUCUGCGAGAAGGAAUUAACCGGAGGUGAGCAACAGGGCGGUGAGGAUAACUCCCUCAAGUUAGAAAACGAGCAGAAUAAUUUAGACAUGCAAAGAGAGCGACAAAGGAAGGAGGAAGAGAAUAACAAUAAUAAUAGUACCCACAAUGAAGCCAACAAGAGGGAUGGCGAGAAAAAUGAGGCAAGCAACUCCGAGGCCGACCCACUGAGUGCAAAUGAGCAGCAACACCCUAUCGAUGAUGUCCUCGAAAAGAACAAUAGCGACCAGUGGGAUGUAAGUGAACGCAGCGGCGCGUUGAAGGAUGCAUUGAAGGGUGACGACCAGGGGGAAAUUGACGCGGAAAAGGAAGAAGAAGCUAGUAGCAACGCGGGCAGCGAAACGGCCGAGAAAGAGAGACACCCGGCGGAUGACCCAAAUAGGGAAGCGAAAGAACCCGAACAACCUCUACAGGGGAACCGAACGGACGAGCCCUCCAGCGGAUCCCUCAAUGACCAGAAAACGGUCAAUGUUGAUAAUGAUGGUGAAGGGGACACCAGUGAAUUUCCAAAGGGAGAACAAAAUGACAAUUCCGAUUUGAUCAACCAGCAACAAGCUGGUAAUCAAAGCGCAGAUCACCCGGAUGACCCGAAGGGUGAAAGGAAUGAACUGCUAAAUGCAGGGAGCCACGAAAUGAACAACGAAUUUGACUUUAAUUUGGACUCCAAUUUUGAAAUAGAAUCGAGCGACUUUUCCAGAAGCUGCAGCGAAAGGUCCUUUGGGAGCAGGGAGGAAGACUUCGACGCGCACUCGGAUGGGGAGAUGGGAAAGGAAGAUCAAGCCACUGCUGCGAAUAGGGAAGAACGCGAUGCGAGCCGAAGGAACGAAUGUGAAUUAAGCGAACAGGAUCCAGGAGAAGUCGACAUCCGCCACGAAGUAGAAGAGUUGGAUGAGAAUGCUUCCGACGGGGGCGAGGCCGCAGAACACUCCGAUGACCCGUAUGAUGGGGAUCAGUCGGAGAUGGAGCAGCUGGACCAGAUGGACCAAUUCGAUACGGAUAAGCGUGCGAAUGACCGAAGGGGAAAGGGGUUCAAGAGCGGUCAGAUAGAACCGCAGGAGGGGCAGACAGACCCCGCUGAAGAAGAAAAGGAGAGCGCCGAUGGCGCGGAUGGCACGGAGGAGAGGGGCGACGGGACGCUCCCCCCAGAUGAUGGGAAAGUCGAUGAUGAGGAUGGAAAGCAGUCUGGGGACCAAUCUGGAGACCAAUCUGGAGACCAAUCUGGAGACCGAACUGAUGACCAUAUGGAUGACCAAUCUGUGGACCAACCUGUCACCCAACUUUGUGAAGAGCCAACCGCAGAAGCCUGCAAAGAGACAGAUUCUCCCGCUGAGCCACAAAGUCGCAAUGAGUCGGUUGAGGAAUCAGAAGGGGGGACACCCAUGGAGCACACACACAGCAGCGAGGUGCAAGUCCAAAGGAAGCCAACCAGACCAGGUGAAGAGAACAACGAACGUAGAGACAAUAUUGGGGAGACUGUCAAAGGGGACAUUACCGCAGAGGAAGAAAUUCCAGAUGAGUACCAAGUUGAAAAAAUGCGUAACUCACCCCCAUCGGGGCAUAUCGACUCGGAGAAGGACCACCACGAGAUGGACAAUACUAUACACAAUUUGGAUAACAGACGAAUUAGUAACGAACAGGCGUUCCAAAAAUGCGAGGAUGCAGAAGCGGACGUUACAAAUAGGCAGAGCGAGAGGGACGGAAGUAGCCGCCGAGGGAAGAGCCACCAGAAGGACAACAACGAUGAUGAAGGGACCGGUGCAAACGACAUUUCAUUUUCAAUUGACAAGUGCAACAUAUAUACAAAAAAUUUUGUCGACAUAACGAAUUUUAUCGAAAAAAUAAAUCAGCGGUUGAUGAGCAUGGGUAGGGAGAACGAUUCGGUGGAGGAGAAGGAGAAAGAGAAGGCGACGGCGAGGGAAGAUUCCCAAACGGUGAAAGGAAAUUCUAACGUAACGAAAGAGCAACAUGAUAGAAGUAAGGAUGAGGAAAAGAUUUGCGGAGACAUGGUCAUGGAUUUUGUCAGCACAGGGGAAAUGCAGCCCGUGGAACGGAUGAGCGAGAGGGAUGCCCAGGAGGGGAAGCCAAAUGAGAAGCAGGAGGAGGACACACGCCAAGGAAAUGAAGAAAAAAGUACAUAUUCGAACGAGGUGAAUGCGAAGAGGGCUUCAAGUGAGAGGAAAGACAUGAUGGAUAUGAAUAGCAGAGGAGAUGACUCAGAGGAGGGAGAUAAGGCGGACCACUUGGAAGGCCAAUUUGAGGACCAAUUCGAGGACCAAUUUGUGGACCAAAGGAGCGACUUCCCCUCGACGGACAACGGAUCGAUCGACAGAGCCAGAGACGUUGCCAGGGACCCGUACGAAACAACCUUCGAGGAAGAGGCCAACAACGAUGUGGAAAUCGCCCAAAAGGAAGAAAGUAUCCAUUAUUCCGAGAAAAAUUUGCAAGCGCGAAAAAGGGACGAAAAAGAAAACGCAAAAAGAGACGAAGGCUAUUAUAAAGUGCAUCGAAAUGAAAAGGCGCUGGAAAGGGAGUACGUAGAAGACGGGGAUGGGGAAAAUGCUGACGAGAAGAUGGUGAACGGUGGAGAAGGAGCAACGGCAUUGGAACUCAUUAACCAACAGGUGACCGAAGAGUAUGAAGAAAUAUACGACCAAAUAAACAACGAAACGGAAGUGAUGUCGAGUCAGCUGUGUGAGCAAUUAAAAAUAAUCCUCGAACCAACGGUGCGGAAUAAGUACCAAGGGGAUUACAAGUCGGGAAAAAAAUUAAAUAUAAAAAAAUUAGUAAACUAUUUUGCCAGCGAUUUCCGAAAUAAUAAAAUAUGGAAAAGACGAACCAAAUUGAACAAACGAGAUUACAACAUCGUCAUCGCAAUUGAUAAUACAAAAAGUAUGAAAAUAAAUAACAUACAAAAAAUGACAUUAAAUGCUAUAUUUUUAGUGGCCAGAGCGUUUGAAAAAUUACAAGUGGGAAGAAUUGGCAUAUGUUCCUUUGGAGAAAAUGAUAAUGCAAUUAAUGCAAACAAUGUUGUAUGCUCCUUGAGGAAUAGCCUUAAUAAACAGGAUUUUUUAAAAAUCUUAAAUCAUUUCCAAUUUAAUCAUGACACGAAGAAUUCUUUCGAUAAUGCCAUGUUGAAUGCGCUAAAGAUUUGCAAUUAUAUCUUUAAAAACACACAUAGCUCUACUCCGCAAAAUGGAGGGAAAAAUGUAGUAAGCCAUUUAAUGCUCAUAAUCAGUGAUGGAAGAUUUAACAAGAGUACUGUCAAAGCGGAGAUUUUCAAAUGUAUACAAAAUAAUUUCAUCCCAGUCUUGAUGAUUAUCGAUACACAGCUAUCCAAUAAUAAGGCACAGUCCAUUUUCAAUUUGAAACAAACAUUUUACAAAGAUAAUAAGCUCCAUAUAGUUCCCUACCUGCACGACUUCCCCUUUCCGUACUUUGUCGUCGUCAAUGACAUAAAUGAGAUUCCCACUCUCAUGUGUGAUAUUAUAAGGCAAUGGUUUCAGACGCUUAACAGUAGGUAG